CAAAUUAGGGCAGAGCCCGCGCACCGGCCGAGCGCGCGAGCGCGCGCGCGCUCCCACCCCCCCCUCCCCACACCGCCCCCGGCGGGAGCGACCCGGGAGCUGCGGCCGCUCCUCCGCCUCCUCCACCUCCAGCUCCUCCCCGCGGCGCCCGCAGCCUUCCCGGGCUCCCAGAGCGCAGCCGGCGCCAGCACCGCCAACCCCAUGGCGUCCGCUACUGCCGUGCCUGUAGGAUUCCACUAUGAAACCAAAUACGUCGUGCUCACCUACCUGGGCCUGGCAGCACAGGAGAAGCCGCAGCAGCACCCUCCUCCUCCUCCAGCUCAAGGGACUCAACAACAGCUUAUAGCACAACAUGCUCUGGAGAAAGAGGCUUUGGAGAAGCUUAAGACAGAAAUCGAGGAGGAGCUAAAACAUCUUGAUGAAGAAAUCUUGGAAGCGUUUACCACUACGGGGUUUGACUGCCACACUUCCCCAGUGUUCAGCCCUGCCAAUCCAGAGAGCUCAAUAGAAGAUUGCCUGGCUCAUCUGGGCGAGAAAGUGUCCCAGGAGCUGAAGGAGCAUCUGCACAAAGCACUGCAGAGCUUGCUCAGCAAGCCGGUGACGUAUCAGGAGUACCGGGAGCGCACGCAGGAGGCAGCUGCUCAUGCCAGUGGGUGGAACAAGGUCUUGGUGCCCCUGGUUCUGUUACAACAAUUUCUGAUGGAGCUGACCAGACAGGGCCAGGAGCCACUGAGUGCCCUUGUGAACUUUGGAGUGACAUAUCUAGAAGAUUAUUCUGCAGAUUAUAUCAUUCAACAAGGAGGAUGGGGAACAGUCUUCACUUUGGAAUCGGAAGAGGAGGAGUACCCGGGGCUCAUUGCGGAGGACAGCAAUGACAUCUACAUCCUGACCAGCGACAACUCGGGGCAGGUGAGCCCGCCGGAGUCGCCCACGGUGACCACGUCGUGGCAGUCGGAGAGCCUGCCCGUGUCCCUGUCGGCGAGUCAGAGCUGGCACACCGAGAGCCUGCCCGUGUCCCUGGGCCCUGAGUCCUGGCAGCAGGUGGCCAUGGAUCCUGAAGAGGUCAAAAGCCUGGACAGCAACGGAGGGGCUGAAGAGAGGAGCGAGAACAACUCUUCCAACUCUGACAUCGUUCACGUGGAGAAGGAAGAGAUACCAGAGGGGAUUGAGGAAGCGGUGGUGCCAGCCGGUGCUGCAGAGACCAUGCAGGCAGCGUUUCCAGAAACCUCUGCUCCCUUACAGGAAAUAAAACCUCCUGAAACUGCUGCCGCUGAAAAAGCACAGCCCUCCGCACUGCUGCGUGCAAAACAGGAGGAAAAGGGAAAAGCGCCUGAAGAGCGUGCUGAACCUGAAACCCCCGUGUUAAGUAAACCUGUCCCAAAGUCGGCCCCGUCAGAAGAAAAGGCUGCACCAGAACCGGAGAAAAUACUGCUUCCAGGGGAAAAAAAAGCAGGGAAAGAGGGCCGUUUGGAAGAAAUAGAAGAGAAAUCCUCAGCUGCAGAGGAGAAGCCUAUCCUAUUGCCAGAAGGGAAAUCGAUACUGCUGUACGGCGGGGCUGCCGCCGUCGCCAUUCUGGCUGUGGCCGUCGGAGUAGCGCUGGCGCUUAGGAAAAAGUAACGGAGCUCUCUGAGGAGGAGGGGGAGACCAGAGAGCACUUCCCAUUUUUGUAGUUGUGUUACCUAAAGGGUGAGCUGCCUGCUGUUUAACUGGACAUUCGAGUAACUCAGUGGUGAUGAGGUGAGGUUGUUCAAUAAGCCUCCAGCUACGGACAAUCAUGUUUUUAGUAGAAUCAGGGCGGGGACUGGUUUUUCGUGAUUAAAGUACGGGGGUAUUUUUAAAAAAAAAAAUAAAUCUGCAAAUUUAAGAACUUAAAGUGCAGGUGCUGAAGAAAGGGGUGCUCAUACUCUAGGAACUGGAACAGAGAAUCCCCAGGGGAAGGAGAGACCCAGCUGCUGCCAGCCCCUGGAGCUUUUGGCUUCUCAGAUUGACCGCUACUGCAGCUGUGCUGUCCUGUCACUCCCCUUUGCGCCCCCGAGCCCCUCCUAACAAACAUUAGCCAACCUGAGUCCUGUAGCGAGAGGCUGGUGUCCCUUUUGUCUCAGCUUCCUCUCAGGUACAGCACUGCUCCUCAUAACCUUCCAGGUUCCUCCUAAGCCCCAGUGGGACAGUGCUUAUUCUUACCUCUUGGCUCACACUGGUUCUGGCCCCUAACGUUUACUGGAGCCCCAUCCUGUGAAGAUGCUGCCUCUCUCUAGCUGUAUUAUCUCUGAGCAUCCUGGUGUUCCUGGGGCAGAGGUGCUGCCCAGGAGGGUGGGAGGGACACUGCUGUUUGCUGGUUUGAGAAUCCAUUUGCUCUGCUCCUGCCCAGCCCACUUUACUGUAAGCCCUUCAGUUACAGAGGUACGACACGGUGCCGUGGGAUCAGUACUCUGAUACCUGGGGUAUCUUCAGCAAAAAUACAGCAAACCCGUGUGGAAGCAAGGCCAGUGCCUCAAGUGCAAUUCAGACGUUAAACGCUCUGCUGUCCUGUGUCUGUCCGCAUUGUCUGUCCCAAGUUAAGCACAGAGUGUAUUUAGUCCUAACUCGGUCUUGCCUGUGACAGAAUCCCAGAUAUAUAAAGCAGUGGAUUCUAGCAACUGAGCAAAAGAGCAUUAAACAUCUCUAUCUGCUUGUUCCUGAGCUGGCCCCGAGUGCUGUUCAGCGCCAUUUCUUUUGCGACUGUGAAUCUGUAAUUAGCUGAACUUACAGGUUCACAAAUGAUGAGCAAUUCACUUGUGGCGAAAAAGGAAAUCCCCCUUCCUGCAGUCACAGCACUUCAGGUGUGUGUGGAGAGAAGCCUUUCAAGUGUUUCCCACUCCUUGUGGGACCCAGCCCAGGUGUUCCUUUCCCAGCACAUCUGUGUGCCUGUCCUUGUCCAUACCUGCAGCACCUUGGGCUUCCCGGGCAGAGCUGUGGCUGCACCUCUGAGGGCUGGUGCUGCCACUGUGGCGUAGAGCAGGUGGAGGAGGUGAAAGGGAACUCAUGACAAUGUAAGAAAGGAAACACGCGCUUAUGGGAGUCCUCGCUAAGCACAAAGACAAGGUACUUUCAUUUCUAAGUAACCAUAUCAAGAGUACACCUCCUGAUGAGCCUGUUUCUUAAGGGAUCUCGGAAUGAAGAGAUCUUAGCAUAGUCUGUAUUUUAGGAUAUUCUUGCUGCAUUUUCCUAUCCCAGAAUGCUGGAAAGUUAGUCAGAAUGUGUCAGAUUCUGAGGAAUUAUUUUUGUGUAAGCUUUUGUGAAAUGGAUUUUCUAGAAAACUUACUGGAUUUUGAACUCUGUGUGUGAAGCUGAAUAUUAAGAGGAAGGGUUGUGUAUAUACUGCCACUGUGGACUGAACUUGGGAGUUUUGAACUGUACUGUUGAUCACUGAUUGCUCUUCUUCCAUGUACAAAAUAUAGCAGGUUGGCCUUAUCAGAAAAAAAACCCCGAAUCUAUUAUCACAUUGCAAAAUGGAAUUGACUUUUUUUUGCCAUUUUCUGGUGCCCUGCCGGUCCUCACUGCUGUGCUGUGUCCCCAGAAGGGUCUCUGGGCCCUCUGGUGUGUGCCUCCCACGCCGGCAGUUCCCUCUGCUGGCCCCUUGCAGGAGCUUCCCCACGGGGAGGAGAGGUCUCUCUCUGCUCCAUCUCUCAGGACAGCAGGAGCAGCUUUGCCUGGUUUCACACAUCGUGUUCAUCAGGGAAUGGUGCAGUCUGAGGUGCCAAGGGGCAGCUCUAUUGCUUGGUCAGUCGGGGCAGGGCUGCCCUGCUGCUGCUUUGCUGAUGGCUUUGGGUUAUUCUCUGUUCUUAAUCUACAUCCCCUCCUUACUGAGGACAAUGAACUUACUUUGGGUGCAGCCCCAGGUUGCUCUGAGGCAGAGAUGGAUGCUGUGGACACUCUGGAUAACUUGUGUACCAGUGAGGGGAAGAUGGAGGCAGGGCUGGUGUCACCUCAUCCUCUCUGUGGAUGGAGUUGUUUCAGUAGUGUGGAGAGGGGUAGAGGACAGACAAAAAUGAAUCCAGGCUGGCAAGGGAAGAAGUUCCAAACUCAACGCCACAAGGAGCCCAGUGAGGCAUGAAAUAAAAAGCUUUCACGCACAGCAGUGAGAAGGCAGCAGCAGUAAGGAAAAUAAAGGACCGUGUUAGGCAUUUCUGUGGUCAGGCAACAGCCUUGAGCACCUGGCUGCUACAUUUCAUGGAGCAUCAGUUGCACCCUAUGUUUGGGUUGCUUGGUCCUUUCUUUACAAUGUUCUUCUCCUGGGGUCUUUUACAUUUGGCACGUCAGCAAGAAUUUGAACUGACCACAUGUUCAGAAAAUUUACUGUAUCUCUUUCCUCUGGGAACACUCCACUAGUUAAAAAGGUCAGCUGUGGGGUUGAGUUGUGCAGGUUGGAAUGCUGUGGUCAGAGCUGGGACCACCGAAGAGCUCAGAUGGCAGACCUGAGUGAGAGGCUGCUCUGGUAAGAGGUGUGAAUUAGAAAAUGGAAGUUUUCUUCCCCCCUAUCUUCAAGUAUAUUACAGUAAUCUUAAACUGCAGGGUCCAGUUACCCUGAAAGGUGUGUGCAGCCUCUCUUCAGUGGAUCUCUCAUAGCUGGCAGAGGGAAGGCAGCAGCUAGAUACUUGCAAAAGGGCAUAUAUAGAAUUACUUUCACUUGUGUUCUCAUCCCCUUCCCAGAAGUGCCUCAAUAUCUGUCCUCGAGUGGCCUGUACUUUAACAAAAUAUCUACCUUAGACCCAUUCUGUCUUCACUUUAUCCUUAGCAUACCCUAAAGCUGAGAUACUGAAACAGCAGAGGACUGGAUCUGUGAAAAAAGUGGGAAAUACUUAAGGAACUGCAGUGGGCAGCAUGCUCAGUAAGGAGCUGUCAAGGGAAAAGCUUUCAAGAAAGAAAAGGUGCAACUUAAAUUCAGUUGUGCUUAAGAACAAGCUAUGCUUAGUUGGGGAUUGUGGCUCAGAGCUGGGCAAGGACUUUCUUUAGCUGGCACUGCAGGAACAAGAGGCAGAAAGCAAAGACACGAUUCCUCUGUUGCCCAGAGUGCAGCUGCAGAGCCGUGUCCCAGCCAGCUGCAGCUCUUGUGUGCUGGGUGGGGCCUGUGGGAUCCUGAGUCCUUUGAGCUUCAGAAGAUCCGGGCUGUGGGGAGGUGAGGACUGCAGGAACCAGCCUGGAGAGGAGGAGGAGGAGGCUUGGAGAGACCUGCUCACUCUACAGUACCUGACAGGAGGGAGCAGCAGGCAGGGCUCGGGCUCUGCGCCCAGGGAACAGCAGCAGGACAGGAUGACACAGCCUUAGCCUGUGCCAGGAGAGGUUUAGUUUGGAUACUGGGGAGAAGUUCUUCACAGAAAGGGUGACUGGACAUUGGAAUGGCUGUCCAGGAAGGGAGCUGCUGGAGUCACCAUCCCCAGGGGUGACUGGAAAGGCUGGGUGUGACACUGAGUGCCCUGGUCUGGCUGGCAAGGUGGUGUUUGGUCACAGACUGGACUUGAUCCCGAAGGUCUUUUCUGUGAAACACUGGAUGGCUGAGGCACAGUGUCUGCUCUGCCUACUGAGGGCAAAGUUGUGCAUGAGUUUAAUUUGGCUUGGACUGCUUAAUUUCAGCAUGAGGAAGGCUGCAAGAGCAAGUAUUAAUUUGACUUCAUGUGUGGACCUGUGCUUAAGAGUGCAAGCUCUGUACUGCCGUAACAAAAAACAGGAGGGGGGUGUUUAUAAAAUUUAAGCCAGCGCUACUUAAUCUGAGUAGAGCAAGCUCUCAGGCCCAGGGGGAGGAGGGGCUGCAGGGCCAGGUCCAGGCAGCAGAACUCAGUUUGUGUGGUACAGUGAAGGCACCUGAGCAGGACCUGGCUGGGGAAUGACACCAGCUGGAAGGGUCAGUAGCUGUAAGUCCAGGGGAACCACAACACAGCACUCAGCUCCACCUCCCUAAGUUAAAUAACCUCAUCACUUUUUUUCCUACUUGGAGCUGACCUUCUCUCAGUCUCUUGGGUAGGCUGACUUGCUUCCUCCAAGCUCGAGGUGUGUGGUCAUGCUGUAGAAGUGGGGGAGCUCCUGUUGGCUUCCAGUGGAAGCUGCUUUUGAUCUCCCUGCAGUAUCUGCAGGGCAGGCAAGGGACACUGUCGAUGUGGACACAACAAACUGCAGAGGAUGCAUCUUACUGCUGUACCUUUAGGGGCUUUGUCCUCAGUUUCAACUUGCAGGAUAAGCUUUUAUUUAAGUAUAAGCCUAAAAACCCUCAGACCAAAAGAAUGCCACUUGAUUUGUUAAGUAGCAAAGACUAAUGGGGCUGACUCUGAGGUUGCAGGUUAGGGGAUCUCUUCUGCCAGGCCCCUGCUGGGUGUAAGCAGACAGUGACAGACGUGCAGGAUUUUGGAUUCUGCUCUGGGGAAGAGACCCUGACUGCUCCUCAGGUCACCCAUUAUCCCAGGAACUCGUCAUCAUACUGUUCCUUCCAAUAUGCAAGUGCAGCCCUCUUGGGGAAAACUGUCUAAAGCUUCUUGUGCCAUUUGGUUAAUAAAAGGGUUUCCACCUUGACAAAGAAAGUUCUUUCCAGCUUCACUGUUCAGUAUUCAGUUCAAGUGAAGGGGUAUGUACAUUUUUCCCUCUGCUAAUGGGACACUGCUGUAAGACCAUGCCCCCAGGUUGCACUUUAAUAAAUGGUACAGUUUUCAAAAACAA